CGGCUGCAUUUGAGUCAGUUUCGCUUCAGACAGCUUUGUGCAAAGUGGUGUAUUUCCCCGAUCGAAAUGUGGAAGAAAGUGAUCUUUUGUGUGGUUCUUGUGGCCUUUGUAGGCGUGCAGUUUGCCAACUCGCUGACCUGCUCCAAAUGUAGCACUCCCUCCGGAUGCAAAAGUCCUUCGUCUGAGACCUGCUCGAAUGCUACGGCCAAUGUCAAUAAGGCUCAUUUGGAAUCGUACCACAGUAAUGUGCCCGCCGUCAAUGGCAGUCUGAAUUUCGCUUGUGCCAAUCUCACAUACUACCAUGCAGCAAACAACUCUCACACUUCGGAGUUCCUGGGCUGCGUCUUCAAUGAGACAAAAGUGUGCGAUCUAACUUUAACUAACACCGCUUCUGGAUGGAGCAAGAAGUGCUUCCAAUGUGGCACCGAUUAUUGCAAUCCUGCGGGAACUUUCAGCGGAAGUGGCUAUACCAUUGUGGGUUCGGUGAUUGCCGUGCUUCUGGCCAAGGUCCUUAGCUAGACCCAUAUUCUGACUGGGGAGCAGUAUUAAACUUAAUUCCAAUUGUAUAAUAUUUAUUUUCGAUAUGGCGAAUUAAAAUGAAAUUUUAUUAAAACACCAAAAUAAAAGACUUUGUUUUAGAGUGAGAACAA